AUGACUGAAAACAGGAAAAAAAAGACUAAAUGGCAGUCAAAACCUGAACCCACUGAACCCAUUAAACCCACUGAACCCAUUAAACCCACUGAACCCAUUAAACCCACUGAACCCACUGAACAGAAUGAUGCCUCCAAAGACAGAUCAGACCAGCCUUCAUCCUCAGACAGGACUCGUCCGCAGUCAGAACCUGACAAUGUCUCCCUCUGCACUGAUUGGUCCAAAGACAGGCCUCCUAACGUUAGUGAAGACCAGCCUUCAUCCUCAGACAGUGCGGCUGCUGGAGCCUCAGCUGCUUUGAAUGAAGGCAGGGGACACCUGGACAGUUCUCCUGUCCAUUACAGGCCUCCUAACGUUAGUGAAGACCAGCCUUCAUCCUCACACAGUGCGGCUGCUGGAGCCUCAGCUGCUUUGAAUGAAGGCAGGGGACACCUGGACAGUUCUCCUGUCCAUUACAGACUUCCUAACGUUAGUGAAGACCAGCCUUCAUCCUCACACAGAUUAGAUGAGCUAAGCUCAGAGGUUCCCAGUGGCCAAGCUAAACAGCACACUGGAGAACAGUUGGAAUCUACAAUUGAGCUGCUGAAGGAAAAUAUUGUAACUUAUGUGAAUGACGAGCUAAAGACAAUCCAGAAUCUCCUGGACCCAAACGAUACAGAGUGUUUAGAUAGUCCGUGGGAGUUUGAUGCAGUGUUAGAAGACAAGGAUGAAGAGCUGAACAGGAGCAACAAGGAGGCACUUUUAAAGAUCGCAUUGAACUUUUUGAAGAAAAUGAAGAAAAAGGAUCUGGCAAAUCGUCUGCAGAACAAACUUUAUGCUGCAGUUUGCCAACGUAAACUGAAAUCAUCUCUAAAGAAGAAGUUCCAGUGUCUGUCUGAGGGAAUUCCUAAAGCAGGAAACCAAACUCCUCUGGAUCAAAUCUACACAGAGCUCUACAUCACAGCGGGAGGAACUGGAGAUAUAAAUAAAGAGCAUGAGGUCAGACAGAUUGAAAUAGUGUCCAUGAAACCGCAGAGACCAGAAACAACGAUCAGACUUGGAGAUAUCUUUAAACGCCCACCUGGAAGAGAUCAAUCAGAAUCAAUCAGAACAGUGAUGACACAGGGAGUGGCUGGCAUUGGGAAAACAGUCCUAACUCAAAAGUUCACUCUGGACUGGGCUGAAAAAGAAACCAACCAUGAUGUUGACUUCAUAUUUCCAUUCACAUUCAGAGAGCUGAAUUUAUUAAAAGAUAAAAAAUUCAGUUUGGUCGAACUUGUUCAUCACUUCUUUACUGAAACUGAACAGAUCAACCAGUUUGAACAGUACCAGGUUCUGUUCAUCCUUGAUGGCCUGGAUGAGAGUCGACUUUCACUGGACUUCCACAACAAUGAACUCCUGACUGAUGUCACACAACCUGCCUCAGUGGAUGUUCUACUGACAAACCUUAUCAGGGGAAACCUGUUUCCUUCAGCCCACCUCUGGAUAACUACAAGACCUGCAGCAGCCAGUCAGAUCCCUGCUGAGUGUGUUGGCCUGGUAACAGAGGUCAGAGGGUUUACUGAUCCACAGAAGGAGGAAUAUUUCAAGAAGAGGUUCACAGAUGAGAUGAAGGCCAACAGGAUCAUCUGCUACAUUAAGACAUUACGGACCCUCCACAUCAUGUGCCACAUCCCAGUCUUCUGCUGGAUCACUGCUACAGUUCUAGAAAAUGUGUUGCAAACCAAAGAGAAAGUAGAGUUACCAAGCAGCCUCACUGAGAUGUACAUCCACUACCUGAUCGUUCAUACCAAAGUGAAGACAGCAAAGUAUGACAAAGGGAAAGAAACUGAUCCAACUUGGAGUCCAGAGAGCAAGACAAUGAUUGAGUCUCUGGGGAAACUGGCUUUUGAGCAGCUGCAGAAAGGAAACCUGAUCUUUUAUGAAGAAGACCUUAAAGCAUGUGGCAUUGAUGUCAGAGCAGCCUUGGUUUACUCAGGAGUUUUCACAGAGCUCUUUAAAGAGGAGAGAGGGCUGUACCAGGACAAGGUUUUUUGCUUUGUACAUCUGAGUGUUCAAGAGUUUCUGGCAGCUCUCUAUGUCCAUCUGACCUUCAUCAGAGAUGGUCAUAAUGUGAUGGAACAAAAACAAGCAUCUUCCAAGAUCUGUGCAAUUUAUAGCAAACCAAAACUAACAAAUCUCCAUCAGAGUGCCAUUAAUAAGACCAUGAAAGAUACAAAUGGACAUCUUGACUUGUUCCUCCGCUUCCUCUUGGGCCUUUCAGUGCAGACAAAUGAGAAACUUCUGGAAGGAUUGGUGACACAAACAGGAAGUAACUCACAGACCAACCAGGACACAGUCCAGUUCAUUAAGAAGAAACUGAACAAUAAGUUGUCUGCAGAAAAAACCAUUACUCUCUUUCAUUGUCUCAAUGAACUGAAUGAUCACUCCCUAGUGGAGGAAGUCCAGAAAACUCUGCAGUCAGGGAAUCUCUCCACAGAUAGCCUUUCUCCAGCACAGUGGUCUGCUCUGGUGUUCGUCUUACUGACAUCAAAAAAAGAUCUGGAGUUUGACCUGAAGAAAUACUCUGUUUCAAAGGAGGUUCUACUGAAGCUGAUGCCAGUUGUCAAAGCAACCAACAAGGCUCUGCUUGGCGGCUGUGAUCUCUCAGAAGAGAGCUGUAAAGCUUUGUCAGAAGUUCUCAGAUCUCCGUCCUCCAGUCUAAGAGAGUUGGACCUGAGUAACAACGACCUGGAGGAGGCAGGAGUAUCGGCUCUAGUAGAAGGACUGAAGAGUCCACAAUGCAAACUGGAAACUCUGAGAUUGUCAGGCUGUCUAUUAAGUGACGAUGCCAGUUGUCAUCUGGCCUGGAGCUUUGGCCCCGACUCCCGUCUGAAGCUGGAUCUGAGCUACAUCAACUAACACGCAGGAGAAAAGAUUCUGACAGAUAAAAAAUCUGAAUCCAAACUGGAGACUGUCAUCAGAUUGAUGCCUACAGGAUCAAAAUGGUUGAAACCUGGUUUCGGAAAAUAUUUAUGUCAACUCAAAAUUGAUAAAGACACAGUCAGCAAAGAUCUCACAUUUUCUAACCAAAAAAGAGUAACAAACGAGGAAGCAGACAUACCGUAUCCUGAUAAUCCAGCAAGAUUUGAUAAUCCUCAACUGCUUUGUGAAAAUAAACUAGAAGGUCGCCAUUACUGGGAGGUCAAAUGGAAAGGAAACGUUUUCAUAUCUGUGACUUACAAAGGAAUUAAUAGAAAAGGAGACAACGAUGACUGUGUGUUUGGAGGGAACAGUCAGUCCUGGAGUCUGGGCUGCUCUGAUGGUGAUGGUUACUCUGUUUGGCACAAUAAUGAGGAAAAACUUCACCCUACAGCGGUCUAUGAAAGAGUAGCAGUAUAUGUAGAACAUGAAGCUGGCAUUCUGUCCUUUUACAACAAAUCCUCUGACAAACUGAUCCACCUCCACACCUUCAACACCAGGUUUACAGAACCUCUUUAUCCUGGGUUUACAUUAUGGAGUCCCGGUUCCUCUGUGUUGCUGUGCUGAGUGUAAAAAGCUUCAUCUCAGAG